GUCAAGGCAACAAACAUUCCCCCCCCCGCUUCCCCGCUGGUUCCGAGCUCUCCUCUACAUGGCGAGCUUCGGCGAUGACGUGUCUAUGGGAGAAUUCCAACCUCCCCAAGGAGACAACGGUGACAGUAAUCCGGAGGCUUCUGCUGGGGCGGGGUUAGCAGGGCACACGAGCGAUGGUUCUGUUUUGAACGUGCAGAUUUCAGCAAUUACGCCCCGCAGUAAUGCGCUAGGGGCUGGCGCAGCAGGCGCCGGCAGAGCCAGCGGCGGGGCUUUUGGGUCGGCAUCUCCAUCAUCAAGGGAAACCAAGCCCCUGUCCCAGAGCCAGAUACACAGGGCGUCCGUGGCCCGUGCCAUCCUGGAGGCCAAGUACAAGAACUUGAACCAGGAGUCCCAGGACAGGGAGGAGAGCCAACAGAAAAUUCAGAUCCUGAACGCAAGGAUGGACCAGAUGGGCAUCGCCGAGUCGGAGAGGGACCAGUACCGCCAGCGAGUGUGGCAGGAGUGUCUUACUAACAUCCGGGAGGGGCGUAAGCGGCUGACCAAGGCCGACUUCGAGGCGUUGGCGAUGAUCGGUCGCGGCGCGUUCGGAGAAGUCCGACUGGUCCGAAAGCGAGACACCGGCGAGGUUUACGCGAUGAAGAGCAUGCUGAAGGAGCACAUGAUCCUAAAAAACCAAGUAACGCACGUUAAGGCGGAACGAGACGUUAUGGCCGAAGCGGAUGACCCAUGGAUUGUCAAGCUCAUGUACAGCUUUCAGGAUGACGUUAACCUGUACAUGGUGAUGGAGUUUUUACCUGGGGGCGACUUGAUGGGGCUCUUGAUGAAGUACGACACCUUCGGAGAGGAUGCCACCAGGGUCUAUAUGGCGGAAACUGCAAUGGCCAUCGCGAGGGUGCAUGAGUUGGGGUACAUUCACCGCGAUCUCAAGCCUGACAACAUCUUGCUUGACUGGGACGGCCACGUCAAGCUCACAGACUUGGGGCUGUGCACCAAGAUGCAGCCGGAGAAGCUGAACUUGCUGCCCGACGUCCCGGAGGAUGACCUGAUGGAGGGGAUGGAGGUCUGUCAGCCCCCGAUUGCUGGGCAGGCAGGGGCAGCGCAGGCAGGCGGCGCUGGGGNAGGAGGAGACCCGGGUCGGUCUUCUAGUGCUACCCCGGGUCACCGUGAUCGCACCCUUGUGUACUCUACCGUAGGAACGCCGGACUACAUAGCUCCCGAGGUCCUGCAGCAGAAGGGCUACGGCAAGGAGUGCGACUGGUGGUCCCUGGGUGUGAUCAUGUUCGAGUGCCUGGUGGGGUACACUCCCUUCUACGCGGAGGACCCCGUGACCACGUGCCGGAAGAUUCUCAACUGGCCGCGUUUCCUCGAGAUACCGGAGGAGACGGCGAUCAGCGUGUCGGAGCCGUGCAUGCGAUUUCUGACGUCUCUCAUCAGCGCGGCCCCAGAUCGACUGGGCAAGAACGGCGUUGGAGAGGUGAUGGCGUCCACGUGGUUGGCCGGCGUGCCGUGGGAGAGGAUCCGGGAGAUGCGCGCCCCUUACGUAACGGAUGGUGCUGCGCGCGUAAAGGAUGUGUUGGCCCAACUAUCCAAGCUUGAGCCUGGAGACGCCAGACAGGCGGCCGCGGUGGAGCUCGUAACGUCGAACUUCGACAAGUUCAGCGACAAUGGCGAGGUGCGGUGGGAGAAGGCCGCUCGAGUAGCACAGCGACGAGACCGGGACAACGACUUCAUUGGGUACACCUAUAAACGGAAGGUCAACAAGCCCGACCGGGGGGGGCUGGGCGGAGACCUUUUCGCCGCCCCCCUGCCCGAGGAAACGCAGCAGACACAGCCGCAGCCCGCUGCGUCAGGGCAAGGCCACAGGUAGUAGUUCCGGCGACGAAGCGGUGGCUAGCCCUGACGAAAUGGUUGUGACGACGGCUGCUGGUGUUCGGGGCGGAAAUGGGACGUACAAGUUAGACAAGGAGGGAGGGUUUUACCCAGACCGACCACCACCCAGCUGAGUUUUGAGGGUAUAGUAUUUGGGGAAGAAGGUUGGGCUAAGCCGACCCGACCUGUCGGCACCAAGGUGGAGCGGAUUUGUUCGGGCUCACCUGGCCUCGAGUGUAGAAGGACGGAGGCAAGCCGCGGGCGUUGUUGCCGUGAUCGCCGACCUCUCCCUCUAGGAAGGAACGACGGAGGAGCAGCCAACACGGUACAAGCCCGUUGUGCUAACCGGUGGCUAGGACAUGGUGUCAUCGCAAGAGUCUUCACACCGCUACAUUCUUCCUGCUUCUCCUAGAGGCAUUUUUUGUUUUAAUCCUCCAUAGUGAGAGCGAGCGGCCUCCAAGUGCUUGGGCGUGAUCGAGGUGGUCAAGGUAGCUGAAAGCUUGAGAUGGAAUGCUUGGUAAUGGGUGUGCGAGAGAGGUGGGGGCUGGGCUCUUACAGCACGAUCGGAGGGAUAAGGGGGUUUCCAGGUUCCACCUUUCUACGUGUGUCUCAAAUGGCACCAGGUAAUGGUUCGUGAUUUAUAUCUUGUGGUGCACGGCGCAUUGCCGUAGCGGACAGCUGUAGACAGCCAGCCCCCCGCGGUGUUUGCUGCUGUUGUACGUGUGUGUGGUGCCAGUGUGGAUUUUUGUGGCAUACGGUCACCAGUGGACUUUUUUGUGUUGACCUCUUUGUUGUAUUUUUUUUUUGCUUCAAGUACAGACAUGGCCCCCAACACAUCCCAUCCCGCUUCUGGUGCUAUUUAGUGUGUUUGUCUUUCUUCCCCUAGGCGUUUUGCUAUUGCUUCUCCUGUUUUUUGUUUUUUUUACUCUUUGAGGAUGGGGUGAGUUCCUCCUGCAAGGCUAAAGCUCGCGGGUCCUUCGUGCACAGCGUCGAGUUAUUGGCGUAGGACGCAUGCCUUUCGCAUGAAUAUGGCAGAGACUCAAGUUUUGUUUCCGACCCUGCUGCGAUCUCGGAUGAUUACCCAACAUCCGGCGGCAACAGGGCUGCUGGCCUCCCUUCCCUUGGUCUUGUCUUCGCCCAUGAAAACAGGCAGAUGGACAAAAGAGCCCCCCCUUGUAAUGAUUCCCUCGCCAAACAGCGUCCGAAUAAUCUGAAUUGGUGUACUAGUGAAAACACGUUGGUCUUGUUCCUUCUUGAGGAAUGGGAUGGGAUGUAAGAUUUAGACGUCGUUGUCUACUGGUAUGGUAUAUGGGUGGUACAUUAUGGGAAGGGAUUAUUUGUCUUGGCGCUUGUCCUUGAUGGUACCGAGAUGAGCAGCCUUAGCCUUUUGCAGCGGUCGUGUGUACCGACGUAGUCCUAAUGAAUACUUGCUUUGAUUUGGCGUAGUCUGAAAGAUACAUAUGUUUGUUUUUUUUUCUCCCAUCAUUGGACUCUGUCGUCUGCCCCGCUGGCCCCUAUCCUCCACUUCUACUAGCUAGACGACCCAACCGGGGCCACAAAGGAGGGGGGGGUUCCUGUCUGAGAUGUUUUUAUCGCGAGAAGGGCACAGCAAUCCCUUCCCUCGCGACUUACGAAGUCGAUUAUGGUUUACUAACAACGAGCUUUGCAGCGCGUCGCUUUCAUCCUGGACCAGGAUAUAUAUAGUGAGAAAAAACGCACUCUGCCGGGACUCGAACUCAUGACCUAGCCCUUCGCAGGCUGCGAGGGUACCCACUCGACCACCGGGGCGACCAUGUGUAUUGUAGGGGAUGUUGGUGGGAUGGGGGGAAGGACGGGGAGGUUACGUGUUAUCAUCCGCAGAUUGAUGGAAUCGAUUCCAUUGCUAGGCUGUACACAACACGCCCUCGUUCUUUGGAAUAGAAUAAGGUACCGACAGUGUUGUGGCGCUGGUGGACAGAACAACAUGUGCUUUGCACUUGAUCGAUGUGGUGGUGGUUGGUAACGGCAUGGUAAGCUGCCUCUUCUUUGUCUGCAUGUAUGUGCUGCUGUGUCGAUUGUUGUUCUCGUAUUAUCGUACUCGUUCAAGUCGUGUAUCCUCCCGCGAACGAGCCAUAUUUUCUACCACUGGGUUACAGGCCACGGGUUGGAAUGCAGGAAUCGUUGUCUUCAUUAACCUAUAUUGUUGCCGGGCUGCAUGUAUGCAUAGUAGAGACAAAAGGGAAGAUGACCUACAGGUUAAACUU